AUGCUCGCGCCAUGUCGCCAGAUCCAGCCUCGGGAAGCUCUGGCAAGCGACUUGCAGCCGAGACAUCCCAGUCUUCCGACUCGAUGUGAGCCGGCUCGAGGUGUGACUGUGAAGAGGGGUGCCGUCUUCUUGGCACCAGCACAUAUUUUCGCCGGGACUGUCUUCGUAUCCGCAAUGUCGCUCUAUGGCAGGCGAGAACGCAGCUGCCGGCUGAACUACUCAUCGAAGUCAAAGGGCUCACGUGCAGAGCUGCUCGUGGAUGCAGACACACAUAGCAUUGAUGCGAUCAGAUCAGGCAUCGACAUGCUCAAGCUUGAGAUGGGCGCGGUGCAUACAACCAUUUUUGCAGCACCUGGCUUUUCUCAGAACAAGAAGUGGCAGAAGCUUUUUCAGGAAGCAGGCGUGUCUUUUCAUCCUGUGCCCAGGUCACCUGUACAUGGUGGGGAACCUAAUGACGAUGCCAUUAUAACUACAGUGCACAAGUUGUGCCGCUCCACUGCCAUCGAAUGCAUUGCCCUGCUCGUCUCCGACAGCGACUAUGUGUCAGUUCUCCAAGAAGCAAUGCGUUCCGACAAGGUGGUGGUAACAUUGUGUCCAGCUGCGAGGUGCCGGUUGAUACACACGUUUGAGGAGAUUGGAGUUCGAGUCUUGAGGUUGCCCCAACGAAGGGAGGAAGGUCCGAAGAUCAGGGCAGUUUUAGAUGAGAAUGGAGGAGGCCAUGUGCUCUUAGCAGAGGGCUACCGCUGCGACAACUUCAGGAGGGAACUGCAUCAGGCAGAGGCCGUAGCCGAUUUUUUGGACCGGCUGGGCUAUCGAGACAAGGACAGCCUGAGCCAUGGACAAGAGGACAGCCGGUAUUUAGUACAUCCGAUAGCAAAUUUUUGGUCCACGAAUGCAUUGGGACCCUUGACUGUGUUCCCAUAUGGUCUUGCCACAGAAGCUGCUUUCCGUUUAGUGAGGAAAAGCACACCGCUGCCUGUGAAGCUUUGGACGGCGCCUCGAGCAAGAAAAGCUUUCUUCCUGCCGUGCACUAACAGAGGCAGGCUCACCAAAACCCUGGCGAGCAAAUUCGGCAGUGCGAUUGCUUUCUCGAUCUUCCAAGCAGGUGGCCCUUUUCUCUUGCAGGACUCAAAGGACUUGGUCGCACAGGCUCUUCGCAAAUUGGGCUACUUGGAUUCAAGCUUGAACAAUGAUCUGGCAGAAGCACUCUUGGUUUUCGUCAACAAUACACACAACAAGGUCGCGUUACGCAAGCUCGACGCUUUGCCAUCUCAGCAUGAUCAAGCAUUUGCCGUGCAACAAGCACUCAGAGAUGUGUUCCUGUCUGACGCCAGCUCCGGUCGGUGGCACAUGGCACCUAAAGAUGUCGCCUUGCGCGAUCACCUUUGCAAGGAAGGCUUUCUGUGCGAUUUGGCCGCGGACCGAACUGUUGUGUUUCAGGCGAUGCGAAAAUAUGCAAAGACGAAGGGACUGCCAGACAUGAAGUCAUACAUCGGCUACUCGUUCCGUAUCAUGACCGGCUUGAACCCAAAUGCUGCGAGAAGAGGGCUUGUGAAGUUUCAGUGUUGA